CACACACACACACACACACAGCGGAUGUGUGUGGAACUUGAUGUAGCCACAUUGAAGUAAUGAAUGCCGCUUUGUUGGGAUUCGCUUGUUCGUGAGACCACGCUUCGCGUUCAUACUUCUUAUUUAUAUUGCAAAUGGUCCUUUUUAGGAUUUAAAAAAGGUUAAUAAACUAUAUAUUAAUUUGAAACGAGCUGAAUUAAAAGUUAUUAAACCUUGUGAAUUACCUCAGAAACUUUAUAGCAGCGGCAAUACUUGAACGUUUACUCUUAACUGCUGAAAUGGACCUGUCUUUAGUAGCAGUGUUGUGUUUUUCUUACCUGGUUCCAGCCUUGGGCUCAGCCUUUGGCAGGGAGAUGACAGCCUCCACAAUGGAUGACGCCCCUGUAGACUAUGACAGCCCGUUCCAUUAUGACUAUGAAUCGGUGCGGAUCGGCGGGUUGGUCAUCGCCGCUGUGCUUUUCUUUCUGGGGAUCUUCAUUAUAGUCAGCCGAAAGUGUCGCUGCAGAGGAGGCCAUGCUGCUUAAGGCCAGUGGGAUCUGAAACUGAAGCAGCUUGAGUCGUUACUACCAGGAGAAGCUGCAGUACUGGAGACAGCUGAACGUUUUAAAGAAAUCCAGAUGUCUUAAAUCUGCUUUUACUAUUAGACACUGCCAUUUCUUACACUCAAAUACCUGAUAGAUACUUUAUUAGCUGAUCACCAGGAUAUAUUUUACAUUAUGUAUUAGGGACUGUAGAUGAUUUGUAUUCUGGUGAUUGUUAGGAAUACAUUUAAACACAUUAUGAACAUCAUGACUCCUGUAAUCUGCUUUGAAUGUUAAGGCGUCUUUUUCUUUAAAUUGUAGCAUUUUAUACAUUUUUGUAAAUCCUUUACAUUGUUUUCAAGACUUUCUGUUACGCUUAUUCAUUAGGUUAAAAUUUCACAUGACUGUUUUUCUAACAAAUAAAAUUGAU